ACGUCCAGAGGCCACUCGGCAUUCCUCAAACAUGGCAGAGCUUCAUGUGACUACAGAGAUAGGAUUCAUGAUUGCGAAAGCCUUUGCUGCAAACGGGGUGAAGGUAUAUAUCACUGGGCGUAGGCUGGAUGUACUAGAGCAAGCUACGGCAUCAGUUACAGGCGUCUCAGGAUCUAUUAUUCCGAUCCAGAUGGAUGUUAAUGAUGAAGGUGUUAAGGCUGGGGCCAAGCACAUUGAAGGAAUCGACGGCAAACUUGAUAUCCUUGUUAACAAAUAUAUAUUUUCACUCAACAUGAUUGCCCCAUUCUUCAUCAUACGCACUUUCCAAGCCCUCGUCAAAGGAGCUCGGUUCCGCCCCCAAGGCAUGUCCAGUGUCAUCAAUGUCAGUAGUGCGACGGCCAAGAUGGACUCGACGAGCCCUCUGUUAUCU